UGUGGAACAUGCAGAGUCUUAAUGGCCGUCAUUAGGCUUAUGUUUACGUUCCUACCUUGUACAUUAUGUGUGUAGUCAUAAGUCAAAUGAUUUUUGUAUAAAAUAAUGAUAAAUGAUUUUCAGGAAAAUAUUUUAUGUACCUAAGUAGCAAGGGAGCAACUUUAUUUUAACAAUUAUUUUAUUAAUUUAAAUGGUUGAUUUCCAUUACUGUUUCAAACACAAUCUUCAAAUUCCAUCAAAAAAGGAAGCUUCUCUAACUCACCUUUUGCAACCAGUCUUAACACAGAACUUGGCACAUGGAUAUGAUGAAGUACACUGAAAGCAAGUGGCUUCAUUUUACCGUUCAAUUGUGUACACUUUCAGGUCUCGAUGAUGGGUAGAUACAACAGAUCUGAUCCCUUCACUGAUCCCUUCAUUUUCUCUGUGCAUGAAGCAAGGAUGAGGCUUAUUCAGUUAAUGAGAGGUACUUGAUCUAUAAUCUAUUUCACUCUAAAAUAUCCCAGAAGAUGGCCUCACUUAAUACGACCCUAUUUCACCCCUACUCUUUCUUCCUUCUGGGGAUCCCGGGGCUAGAACAUAUACAUAUCUGGAUUGGUUUCCCUUUCUUUGCUGUGUACCUGACAGCUGUUCUUGGGAAUAUAAGCAUCCUUUCGGUGAUUGAGACUGAGAGCAGCCUCCACCAGCCCAUGUUUUACUUCCUGGCCAUUCUGUCAUCUAUCGACCUGGGCCUGUCAACGUCCACCAUCCCCAAGAUGCUUGGCAUCUUCUGGUUCAACCUGAGAGAAAUCUCCUUCGAAGGAUGUCUCAUCCAGAUGUUGUUCAUCCACUUAUGUACUGGCAUGGAGUCAGCUGUGCUCGUGGCCAUGGCCUAUGAUCGCUAUGUGGCCAUCUGUAAACCUCUUCAGUACGCACUGGUGUUGACAAACAAGGUGGUAGUCAUCAUUGCAUUGAUAAUCCUACUGAGACCUUUGUCUUUUGCCAUACCCUUUGUUCUACUCAUCGUACGGUUACCAUUUUGUGGACACCAAAUUAUUCCUCACACUUACUGUGAGCACAUGGGCAUUGCCCGCCUGUCCUGUGCCAGCAUCAGGGUCAACAUCAUCUAUGGCUUAUGUGCCAUUUCUGUCCUGGUGUUGGACAUCAUAGCUAUUGUCAUUUCCUACAUCCAGAUCCUUCGUGCAGUCUUUCGACUGCCUUCCCACGAUGCCCGGCUCAAAGCACUCAGCACCUGCGGCUCUCAUGUGUGUGUCAUGUUGGCUUUCUACACCCCAGCAUUUUUUUCAUUUAUGACCCACAGGUUUGGCCAGAAUAUACCACGCUAUAUCCACAUCCUUUUGGCUAAUUUCUACGUAGUCAUUCCACCUGCCCUCAACCCUGUAAUCUAUGGUGUCAGAACUAAACAGAUUAGAGAACAGGUCCUAAAAGUCUUUUCCAGGAAAAAAACAUAA